AUGGUUCAAGUCUUCUUUAUGUCAGCUGCACAAUCGAAUAAACGCAAUAUAAGUGCUUGGGAAACGAAUUCAAUGUCUUUGAAAGCACAUCGACGCCGAUCAAAGCCUGCAAAUGACGUCAAACAAGCAUUCGAAGAAAAUGAAGAGAAAAAAGCGGAGGAGUGUCGUCUGAAUACACUGUUAGAUAUGGAAAUUAUUGAUCUGGAGCAGAUUCAUGAGCGAGCGUUUUUUACAAUGAACAAUGUGACUAUUGAACUCGUUCUGAAUAAAAACAUCUUGAGUUGGUCGAAAGUAAUUGAUGAUCCGUCUCCAGAAAGUAAAAAUCCUCAAGAGAGAACAUCGAGUUCAAAUGACAUCGAUUUCGUCGAUUUACACCUUGUUUAUGCUGUAUUACCUGUACACUAUCGAAGGAGUUGGUUAUUAAAUGACAGCGAUAGUCAAUCGACAGAAAACACAUCGAGUGUCUCACCAACAUCUUUACGUGGAUUUGAAUUGUACUCCUAUGAGAAAACGGAUGAUAGUAGUCUACAAGAGAUUCGCAUCUCUUUUCAAAGUAAUCUACCAAGUCAAAUACAUCAAUGGUAUCGACUUCUUUCGAAAAUCAUCUCGAAAUACAAACCAGUACAAAAUAUACUCGUCAUCUGUAAUCCAUAUUCCGGUUCAAGAUAUAGUCGACAAGUAUACGAUUCGAAGAUUCGACCUAUACUCGAUAGAACGCAACAUAACAUUAUCUAUUCGGAAAUUAGUGAAGCUUGUUCGGUUAAUGAUAUAUUAUCUAAUCUAAAAGCUGCUUUCAAUGCACUAAAUAGUUUAAUAAUAAUUGGCGGAGAUGGUACAGUAGUUAAUGUGAUUAACGGAUUACUUCACUAUUUAACACAAGAAAAUCGGACCAGACUAGACAAAGAUCAAGAUUUACCACCCAUUCCAUUUCCAUUGUGUAUCAUUCCGACUGGAACGACAAACAUUAUCUGUCAUUCAAUUUUUGGAACGUUGGAUUGUUGUACCCCGAUUCUUCAUUUACUCUUUAAUCAACAAAUGAGAAUUGAUAUGUCAGCAAUAUUUGAUACCAAUUCUGAAUUUGUGACAGUUAAUUUUGGUUCUGCAGCAGGUUAUGCAGCAAAUGCGCUGAAGUAUUUUACACAGUAUGCUUCGUGUAGCCCAAAAAACCGUCUCCAAAAGUCAUUUGGGAAAGCAGCAGCAACUGAACAUUUAAGACCUAUCGAUGUUGUAAUUCGCUACAUUCCUGCAGAACAAGAAACUACCAAUAUGACGCGUUGUUUUCAAGGCUGUCCCAAAUGUAUGCCACCCGACAGAGGAAGCACAAUUGACGAAUUCAAGACUUUUCAUGAUACUGAUGUGAAAACAAGUGACACCUACACGAAAUCUUUGAGUAACACGUAUUCUUUACGUAAGAAAACUCGUCCUCAAGAUACAUACGAUCAACCAUGGAAAACUCUGGAGAAUAGAUAUCUACAUGUUGCUGUAUUAACCAAUGCUGGUCUGUGGUCUCUGGCACCACAAGGUCUAUCGAAGUUCGGACACUUAGCCGAUGGUUUAUUAGAUCUGUUACUAAUUGAAGUAACGCCAAGAAGGGAAUUUGUACGCUCGAUUAAACGUAAUGGCAAUUCGAAAAAUCAAUACGACUUUCCAUUCGCAAAUCUGAUUAAAGUGAAAGAGAUCGAAAUCGAGCUGAAACUUUCUGCUUUGAGCGCGUCUGAUGGAAAUCCAGAUUGUAAUGAUCAGCGCAAUGCUGCAUUAUCCGAUGAUUCAUCCGACGACAGUGAACAAUCAAAUAAUGGAAAAGAGUUAUCUCCAGCAAGAAAAUAUGAACCACGUCCAUCGAAUACAUCAAUAUCUGGAGAUAAUCAACUUCAGCGUUGCAGUUAUUAUCACCAAAUUUGUGACGAAACACAGAUACCAUCAACUCGAUCAAAUGUUGAAGAUCGACAUUUACCAAGCGAAGUCGAUGGUGCACAAACGAACUCAACGAAAACUAAAUUAUCGUUUCGUCGAAAAACAAUUUUUCAAUCGUUGAAGUGGAACACAACAAAAACAUCUCUACCACGUCAAGCCAGUGUAGAUAGCAAUGCAUCUGAACGAAGGAAACAUUAUCAACGAUCAGCUAGUAAAAUUCUCGAACCCACGAAAUCAUUUUUCAAUCUAAUAAUCGGUGGAAACUCGUCAGCAACUAACAAACAAGAUUUACCAUCUAGUCUUGUAGAUCGAAGAAGAUCAUCUGUAAUCCGACGACUUUCAUGUGUAGAUUAUACUCGAAGAUCAACAUUAAGCAGGAUUCAAUAUCGAAAUAGGAAACAACCCUGUUUAUGGAAUCUCGACUUCACUCCUUACAAUUCUCCGUUUAUCCGAAUUAAAUGUUUUCCUCGAUUUCUACCAGUUUUUGGUAUUGGUCCAAAUCCGAGUUCAUCCGUGAAAGACAUCAGCUAUUCGUGUUUUGGACGUAUCGGUUAA